CUCCCGGCCCCCAUCGCUUCCUCCCUGCAGGGCCGCGGCUCCCGGUGGUGGUGCCGGGGGGGAAGGUUUGGGGAGCGAUGACAGAAGUGACGAGGGAGGUGUUCGGGCACAUGCCCCGGGAGGAAGGAGGAGGAGAGGUGGAAAAAUUCACCUUAAGGUCGGGCAGCGUGAAGGUGGAGAUCCUGUCCUUAGGGUGCAUAAUCGCGGCCCUGGAGACGAGGGGCAGGGAUGGGGUGUUUUCGGAUGUUGUCCUGGGCUUUGACACUUUGGAAGGUUACACGAGGAAGCACCCCUUCUUCGGUGCCGUCGUGGGGCGCGUUGCCAACAGGAUUGCGAAGGGGAGGUUCACGGUGGACGGGAAGGACUAUCAGCUCUUCCUCAACAACGGGCCCAACAGCCUGCACGGCGGAGCCAGGGGGUUUGACAAGGUUCUCUGGAGCCCCCAGGUCCUCCCGAACGGUGUCUGCUUCUUCCGGCUCAGCCCCGAUGGAGAAGAAGGCUACCCUGGUGAUCUGCAAGUCUGGGUGACCUACACGCUCAAUGGUGAGGAGCUGGCCAUCAACUAUCGAGCCCAGACCAGCCAGACAACACCCAUCAACCUGACAAACCACGCGUACUUCAACUUGGCAGGGCAGGGCUCACGGGAUAUCUACGACCAUGAGAUCUCUAUUGAAGCAGAUUCCUACCUGCCUGUGGACAACACCAAGAUCCCCACUGGGGAGGUGGCCACUGUGCAGGGCACUGGCUUUGAUCUCCGGCAGCCUGUGGAGCUGGGGAAGCACCUGCAGAAGUUUGGUCUGGAUGGCUUUGACCACAACUUCUGCCUGCAGCAGGAGCAGGCUCGACACCUUGCAGCCAGGGCUCGCCACCCGCCCACCGGCAGGGCUAUGGAAGUUCACACCACCCAGCCUGGCAUCCAGUUUUACACUGGAAACAACCUGGAUGGCUCCCUGAAGGGCAAAGGUGCUGUUGUGUACCCCAAGCACUCGGCUUUCUGCCUGGAAACCCAGAACUGGCCUGAUGCUGUCAACAAGCCCCACUUCCCCAACACUCUACUCUACCCGGGUGAGGAGUACAACCAUACUACAUGGCUCGUGUUCAACACUGCAUAGGGGGAUGCUGACUCCUAUCACCGAGAGGGGACUUGCACUUCUUUGAGGGCUUCCUGAUGGUGAACGACUGAAAGGAAAAGAAUCCACAGUUAACAUUACAGUAGUCAUGCUGGAUUCACAAAUACAAGAAAAAGCAACAAGAGGAUACUCAGACUACUCCACAUCCUUUAAGCACUGUUUUUAUAAACUAAAAAAAAAAAAUCACUAUUGACAAAGUUAAUGGGUUGACAAUUUAAUGUUAAAGAUACUACCUUUUUCUUGUUAACUUUCAUAUUGUUGCAUUUCUCUACUGUUAGUUUUACAAUACAAUUAAAAUGUGAUCAAGUGACCUUAA